AUGAGCCCCGAGCCGGUCCCGCCGCCGCCCCCCUGUCGCGGCUGCGACUGCGGGGAGCCGCUCGCCUAGCGGGUGGAGAAGGGCGACGAGGCCUUCAGCGCCGGCGAGUACGAGACGGCGGCCGAGCUCUUCCGCUCCGCGCUGGCCGGCCUGGCGCGGCCCGACCGCGGCCUGUGCCUGCGGCUGGGGGACGCGCUGGCCCGCGCCGGCCGCCUCCCCGAGGCCCUGGGCGCGUUUCGCGGCGCCGCGCGGCUCAGGGCGCUGCGGCCCGACGAGCUGGGAGAGCUGGCGAGCGGUCUGGCCUGCGUCCCGGGCCUGCGCGAGCGGCGGCCGCCGGUGUGGAAGCCGGGACGCGCCCCCGGGGAGGCGCCGAGCGGGGGACCGUCGGCCUCGGUGCCCGCGGCGCCUCGGGACCUGCUGGACUGUCCGCGCUGCCAGCGGCUGCCGCACAAGCCGGUGACGCUGCCGUGCGGGCUCACGGUGUGCAGGCGCUGCGCUGAGCCGGGGCCGGGCUGGCCGCCGGCGCGCCGCGUCAACGUGGUGCUGAGCGGCCUGCUGGAGAAGUGCUUCCCGGCCGAGUGCCGAGCGCGCAGGCUGGCGGGCCAGGUGCGGAGCCUGCAGCGCCAGCAGCAGCCCGAGGCCGCGCUGCUCAGGUGCCACCAGGCCCUGGACCUCGCUCCUGGUGAUAAUUCGUUAUUGCUGCUGCGAGCAGAGUUGUAUUUAUCCAUGAAGAACUAUGAACAGGCUCUGCAGGAUGCCAGUGCAGUUUGUCAGAAUGAACCUCUCCUGCCUAAGGGACAUCACGUGAAAGCUCUGGCUCUUUCCGGACUGGGAAGAAGUAAGGAAGUGUUGAAGGAGUUUCUCUGCUGCCUUGCUUUCAAUCCUGAAUGUAACUCAGUGAAGAAAGAAGUGCAGAAGGUGUUGUGUGAGGUGUUUUUCCCUGCUUCAGAAAACGUGCCUCAGAAUUGAACAUCUUCCAUCCAAAGUAGAACGUUGAACUCCAGUUUAAGGGCUCAGUGUCAGAACCACAUCAACAGGCAGCCUGCUGUGGAGGGAGGUGGCAGUGCAGGGAGUUCUAAGAAUCCAUCUGAGAAACAGAAUGUGUUUAGAAAUACCAAUUCUUCGGUGUUAUAUUUUAUACUGGGCCUACACUCUGAAGAGGAUAAGGAAGUGUUAGAAAGUUUUCUUCCAGCGGCGCCGAGCGCUGGUUUAAAGAGACAGUUUCCUAAUGAUUUGGAGGAUGUGCACGAUGUGAGCACCCCUGGAAAAAUCCCCAGGAAAGAGGCUGAUUCCUCACCCCAAAGGAACGUGAGCUCUAACGUAGGAGAAAGCGCAGAGCUCCUGAUACAGUUGGCUGAUUUUGAGCGUGCCCUUUGCAUGAGGUUGCUCUUCGAGCCUGUCACUGCUCCCUGUGGACACACGUUUUGCCUGAAGUGCCCUGAGCGCUGCCUGGACCGCGCCGCACGUUGUCCUUUGUGCAAAGAAAGACUCUCAGAAGUAAUUGUUGGCAACAGAAAAUUUCAUAUAACUACUCUGGCUGAAAAAUUAAUAUUUCGAUAUUUGUCAGACGAACUGUCUGACAGAAAGAGAAUUUAUGAUGAAGAAAUGAUGGAGCUUUCAAACCCGACCAGGGAUGUGCCCAUUUUCGUGUGUGCCAGGGCCUUCCCCACCGUGCUCUGUCCGCUCCACGUCUUUGAGCCCCGCUAUCAACUUACGAUACGAAGAUGCGUGGAAACUGGCACCAGACGGUUUGGCGUGUGCUUAUCUGCUGAGCACGCAGGGAUCUCAGAGUACGGCUGCAUGCUGGAGAUCAAGGACGUCAGGACGUUCCCCGAAGGCAGCUCUCUUGUGGAUGCCAUUGGGAUUAGCCGCUUCUGGGUUUUGAGCCACCGUCACAGAGACGGCUGCAACACGGCAGACGUUGAGUAUCUGGAAGAUGAAAAGCUGGAAGGCGCAGAGUAUGAAGAGCUCGCCGCGCUGCACGGCUCAGUUUACCGGCAGUCUGUGUCCUGCUUUGCUUCGCUUCAGGAUCACAUGAAGGAACAGAUUUUAAGCCAUUUUGGGUUCAUGCCCGACAGAGAACCUGAGCCUCAGAGUAACCUUAGUGGUCCUGCCUGGUCCUGGUGGCUUCCGGCAGUGCUGCCGUUGGAGCGGAAGGCUCAGCUGGCCAUACUCAGCAUGAUCUCGCUGAAGGAGCGUCUGCUCGCCACUCGGCGAAUAUUAGCCAUCAUCACGCGUAAGAUGAAUGGUCGGCAAGAGCUGGUUAAUAGCUGGGAGAAAAAGAAUUGAUUUUCUCCCUCAGGGUUUCUGGAAGCCCUUGUAUUUUUAUGAGGAGUUCCAGGCACGGACGAGUAACAUCCAUCCAUCAUGCUUUGUAAAAUGCUUGUUGAUAGGGUUACAGAAUGGAACACUUGGCAAACGUUGACCCCUACUCAAAAGUUGGAAGUCUGUGCCUGGUGGAAUCUGACUCUGUACAAGGUUAGCCUGAAAUUUGAAUGGAUCCCACGGUUGGAAAACAACCUAAGAAAAUCUCCCUGAACCAGAUGCUUUUGGUGUAUAGUAGUUCACUCACAACAGGGGACAACCCAGAUGAUUGACAAGUGGUUUAGGUUUUGCAAGAAAGAAGACUCCCUUCCCAGUGAAGUGCCUUGCUCCUCCCGAUGGGAACGGCGUGCUUUGGAGGGAAGUCACAUUUUUACUUGGAAGCGUGUUUCUCAGAGUAGAGGCUAACCAAAAAUGUGCUUAGGCUUCGUG